GUUUUCUGGAGGCAUGUAGGUGUGUCCCUAGCUGUAUAAAUAAGCAUCAAUUUUCAGUACUUUGAAAGAGACGGAAAUCACCGUGGGUUUUGUAUUUGGAUACAUUCAAAAGCCAGCAAAAGGUUGGCAGAAGCUUGGACUAACAGCAGGAGCUCACCCCACUCCCUGGAUUUGAACCUCCGACCUUUCAGUCAGCUUCCAGAGAACUAGGAACCAUGAGAUUUGGACAUUUCGCUUUUCUUUGCACCUUCAUUAUAUUCUCUCAGUUGCUGCACGUCGACUGUGAAAGACAGAAGGAGAGAAAAAUGGAAAGGUUGAACAGUGAAAAAGGUCAAAGGCCACAAGCUGGAUCCAAUAACCAGAGAACAAGAGGUUCUCCUAAAGGCAAGUUUACCACCAAAGAUAAAGCUAUGUGUACAUGGACAUUACAUGAAGCGGAAAUGGCUACCUUGAAUAUUAAUUGCAAAAAAGAGGAAAACACCUUCUCUUGCAAAUUUUCCGGCAAGCCUUCCACCUGUCCUCAAUAUGCAGAAAACAAGAAGAUGUUUUGGAAACAAAUCACAAGGUCUCUGAAGAAAAAGCAAAACAUUUGUGGAGACCCCAAAGGUAUCCUAAAAUCCAAAGUCUGCAGCAAAGGUCCUCCAGCUGCUCACCUUCGACUGGUAACCCAAGCUUCAUUAAAACCCAAACAAGAGAAGCCUUCGGUACAAGUAACUUCUAUUCCAACUGGAAACCAACCAGGGGAGUCCUCCAGCGAUUGUGUUGAAGAUGUUGAUUAUAUUGAUCAGCGAAAGGUGGCUGAAGAAUACUGUUCAGAGUCAUGGCUCUCCCUUUGCAAUUUUUUCAUUUCAAUGAUGCAGGAUAAAAAGUGCAAAUAGAAAUGUAACAGCGUUAACACUACAAUACAGUACAAAGAUACAUAUAUUAAUAUAUCUGGUCAAGAAACAGUAUUUCUCAAAGAUUAAUCUGAUGAGAGAGUAGGGAGUAAUUUCCCUCUAAUGCCCAAAAUGGACUCUAGACAAAUCCCAUAAUUGUAACCACUAAUCCUAUCCAUAUACCUACUGCCUUCAUGUAACAUUGGGGGAAGGAAUUAGAGGGCAAAUCUGACUACUGACCUCAUCAGACGGAACUGAAUUCGGCGGCAUACACUGGUUCCUCUCCAGUUUAGCCAUGGAGCCCAGCUCCCAUCUCACAAUGUACAGCUACUUCCAGUGGGGCUUCAUGGCUAAACUAAAGUGCAACCGUGGUGGUGGCAACAUGAGAGGCUUUUACCUGUGGGAUGGAUUAAGUGUAAAUUGAGCGAUGCAGGGUGUGGGGUGACAAAUUCUCCCCACCUCCUGCUGGACACCACUGGAUUUGCCAUGAUCAGUGGCAAUUCUGGCAACUAAUGUUCAUUAGUGGCUGCCACUUGCUGACAUGAAGUCACUUUUUUCAGCAUAUUAUUCAAAUGUUACCUUCAGAUGUUACAAAACUCUGUAAAUAUGCACACUGAAUACUCUAAAAUGUUUCCCCUUUUUCUCCUGAAUCCACAUGUUUCUAACCAAAGUUAUGGCCUCAGUGCUAUGUACAUUUUCAUACUUUUUAUUUUAAAAUUGUUUUACAUAAAUAAAAAUAUUUGUCUUUUAAAA